AGACUAAGACUGUGGUAAAGGUAAUAAUAAUUAACAUAUAUAUUUUUUAACUUUAUUGUUACUCAUUGUUAUUGUCAGCAAGUCUUCCGUCAUGAUAUUUUUAUUAAAAUAGUUCACUUUCGUAUUUUAAAUUCUUGUUAAUAAAACCAAGUAGGAAAUGUUUUGAUAAAUAUUUUGAAUAUUUAUGUGAAAAAUAAAUGCUGAGUUUUGUGUCAAUAAAAAAUUAUUGAUAGCUGUAAUAAAUUGUCAUAGUGUUUGCUUGAACAAAUUAACUAAACCAUGGACAUCACAAGAUAUAGGUGAUAAUGAUUAACCGAUAAAAAAUAAAGUUCCAAGAGGUUAUAAUCAGGGAGAUAAUUAAAUAAUUAUUGGGGAAGGAUGUAUUGUCUACAGUGGCUGAUACCAGUUUUGCUGAUUCCAAAACCAGUAAAUCCUGCACUGCUUCCAACUCAUGUUAUGUUUAUGGUGCUUUAUCUGAUAGGAUUUUUCUUGGAAAGAAGGCCAUGCAUUAUCUGCAGCUUGGUUUUUUUUGUUGCUGUUUCAUUAAUUUGUUACAGUGGUUUCGGCAAUUGUUUAUUUUGGAGUAAUAAUUGCGAUUUAAUAAAAUGUGAGAGUGAAUAAUGAUUUAAAUUUAUAAAAAAUUAGUAUCAAAUCCAAUAAUAUAAAUUAAAAGUUAGCUAAUAAUGAUAAUCUAUGAACAAUUGAGCGUAUCAAAUAAUUUAUACAAUGUACAUAAGUAUGAAAGUAUUGAAUCGUGACAAAUGUGUAGAUAUAGUAUUUAAAAUACCCUUAGUGCAAUUUUACUCAGUGAUACA